AUGAACAAGGAUGAUAUCUGGCAAAAUGUUCCGUUGAAGUAUUAUUCAUUGUCUCUGAAGUAUGCAAUUGCAUAUGUUCAAGGUGACAAGUAUCAUGGAGCAAAGGCAACAAUAAACGUUUGGCAACCCUACGUUCAGAACAGAAUUGAAUUUAGCUUAUCCCAGAUUUGGGUUGUUGGAGGUGGUGGUUCGAGUACCAACACCAUUGAAGCUGGUUGGACGGUAGACGCUGAUAUAUUUGUAGACAACAAGCCAAGACUUUUCACUUAUUGGACUAGACAUCAUUAUGGAUCCACUGGAUGCUACAACGUGGGCUGCCCUGGCUUUGUUCAAACCAGCAAAAAAAUGGCCUUGGGGGCCAACAUUUCCCCUGUUUCAACCUACCCUGGUCCUCAAUUCGAUAUCAGCCUCUAUAUAGUGAAGAGGUCCCAUCCUGGGCCUAGACAUGUGGCAGCUCAGGAGGGUCAGAGUUGGGCCUGGACCCCCGGGCCCCUGACAACCGUCCUGGGGCACACCGUCACUAGGGUUUCGAAGGGCUCCGGGAAACAAUCCCGCAGAGGGCUUGGGACACGCUCUUCUCAUCAGCACGCCGAGCUCGUCAGAUCAGCUCGGUGGUCGGGAAAGCUCAGCGCUUCUUCAGUUGGCGCUGUCUGGGAACCAAAAGGUAAAGUGUAG